UUAAUCUCCGUCACAUUAAAUCUAAGGAAUGAUAUGUUGCUGAAUGCCAAAGUGAUGUGUUAAUUUUUUUAGAGUGACAGCCUCAGACGGAAGCGCCACCACACCUGCAGACUAUGUACUACUUGAUUCCACCGUACAGUUAACAUCGAGUGUUUCAAGACAUGAAAUCAGAGUUAGACUUACUAAUGAUAUAAAUCUGGAACACAAUGAAACAUUUACUCUGAAUCUAAAUAAUAGAGGAGAUACUCGUGUUCGUGUAUUAGGAGUUGGACAAACUACCAUUUUGAUCGUCGAUGAUGAUGGUAAGUGAUAUUUCUAAUCUCGAACGGUCGGUCCAGUGUAGGUAGUGACGACAACAAACAGCUGAUAUGAGAGAUAUAACUACUUGGAGCGAAGGUCCUUCGUCGCGAAGUUAUAUUAUUAGUAUAUCAUGAUCGGGAAAACUAUACAUGCCGCUUUAGUGAAUAUAUUUUUCGCUAUAGAUCAUGAAAGCGAUGUUUCUCCACAUCACACAGAAACAAUAUGAAGGGGAUAUCAAAACCAAGGGUAUCCACCUCAAAACCCGGGGUAUCCACCUCAAACCCAGGUUAUCCGCCUCAAUUAUUGAUUAGUAUAAUAUACCUUCUGACUAACUAUGUACACUUGUUUGUUAAUUUAAUGUAGACUGACGUAUAUAUAUAUAUCGCAACUUUCUUUGGAUUUUUUGGUUCAAGGAGUUGAAUCAACUCCAAAAGUGUUAUUCUGUCACAAAAAACAAAACAAAACAAAAAACGUUCAGAAAGGGUGAAAGAAUAACUUUCGACUCCUUGAAAUUUACAGUGUUGAUUGAUGAUUUGAAAUGUUGACAAAUGUCAGUUUUGAAACCAUGCGUAUAUUUACCAUUAUAAUCUCCAGAUCACUAAUUCAGCUGCAUGACCGAAAAUUAACACCACUUCUUUCUCAAUGAAUUUUGCACGUUCAAUCUGUAUGUUCGUCUACGAAAUCCUGUCUAGUAUAUAAAUUAUGACAUGUUUGUCUUUUUUACCUUAACCAGCCUCGUUCCCAGGCAGUCGAGAAGCCCUUUCUACUUGCUCCCCUUUCUACUUGCUCCCCUUUUUUUAACAGCUUUUUGUUUGCGACAUAGUUCUAUUUCCAGUCCUUAUCCGCAUUAUCCGUUAAUUUAUCCGUCUCCAUUUGUAUAAUAAAUUAUAAUAGGAAUUUAAGACAGUUUUUCGGCUAGAUAGAUUUGCGGAAAACUUUGGACCGGAAAGUCGUCGGUUAUCGGGUUCAUGUGAACCGAGUUUACCGCCUAAUAUAAAUUCGGCUACUUUCUAACUGCUACUAUAAACCUCUACCAUUACGGCAGAAUAACUGGCACGCAAUCCUUCGUUUUCAAUAAUUGUUGAAAGUGUAUUUUGCCUCCUUUUCAGCUGCUACAAUACAGUUUGUACAAGACCUUUACUCCGUUAAUGAGAGUGAUAAUUCUGUACUUGUUUCGUUAAGUAUCGUUGGAGUACUUGAGGAUCCUGCAGUUGUUAGGUAAAAGCAAAAUAAUAUUCUAAUAUCUUUGUUGAUUUUUUUUAUAUUUGCACUUCAUUUGGGGCUAUCUAUAUAAUCAAUUUGUGUCAUCCUCCGUAUACGUCCUGCCUCUCCAAGAGUAUUCUUAAUUCCAUCUCUCCAUUAUCUUUUCUUCAAACAGUUUUCUUUCAUGAUUUCUUACUGCAACUGGCAAUCAUCCAUUCUAAUCAAAUAUCCAAGCCUUUCACUAUGCUGCAUGUCUACGCAACUCUUUUUCUGGCUUUCCUGUACAGUAUACUUCGUAACAUUUUCGUAUAGGUCUACAUAUAUGUUACAACGUUUCCACAAUAACGAAGUAAAAAUUAAAGAAACGAUUAUGGUGGUAUCAACUCUGGUUCCAGAUUUCCCAUGAAGCAUAUACAGUAUAUAAUUGUGCUUUCAAUUACCACAAUGUAUGGUUGUGUUAGGAAUUUAAAAACAACGAAUAAUAUUUCAAAAUUAUUCAAUUUUUGUUCCUGAUUGACCAAGUAGCCUAUACCCGGCUAAUUCUCAACAUCCGGCAGAUGUCACAAGUUCACAAUGGCUUGUGGUCUCUUAAAACGGAACUGCCCAAAUUAUUGUAAGAAAAAGGCAGCAGUACCAAUAAUUUAGAACGGUGUUUUUAUAAAACCAUCUUCAACGUUACGAAUAUUGUCAUUCUUGGCUUUUUUGUGUGUUCGAUAACAUUGACCUUGGUUUGAAUGAUUCUUGAUAUCAUCUCGAACGAUCUGUGCCGGCGUAGGUAGUAACAAAAACACCAGAGAAAUGCAGAUGGAUUCAACUAUAGUUAAACAAUUUAAUUUGUAUUUUUCAGGUAGUUGAAUCCAUAUCCAUCUGCAAUUUUCUUGAUAUCAUGCUCAUCCUCUUGCAAUAGUUACUUCUUGUCAUAACAUUUCACAACAUAUAAACAUUACGUAAAAUAUCGUAUUAAAACUUGACCAUGAUGGAAUCAACUUUCGCAUGAACUAAUGAAGUGGAUUUUUGUGGAUAUUAAAAUAACAAUAAUAAUUAUUUUUAGAGUGUCAAGUAGGGAUAAUUCAGCCUUCGCUGGGAUAGACUACGACAGAGUUACUAAUCAUGAGGUGACAUUUGUCAAUGGUGGCGCAACUAUCCAAUCCUUCACUGUUAAUAUUACUGAUGAUAGCCUUCUUGAAGGAACAGAAUCAUUUUUCUUGGACGUUUCAUCUUCUGUUAGCAACAUAAGAAUUGGUGAUAGAACAUCUACAACGAUACGAAUAAUUGAUGACGACAGUAAGUUAUCGAUUGUUCCUACACUACAGUAGUUAAUUCUGUCGUCAAAAUUGUUUCCUUUUAAAAGUCUUUUUGAAGUUUUUUGAAAUUCUCCUAAAAUGUGGAGUAAUUUCAGACAAUUAGACAAUUUAUUAUUAUGCUCCUUAAAAAAUCGUUACGUAUUUUGUAAAUAAAUUAAUGUAAAUUAAUACAAAUUGAGUAACUCUAUAAUUCGUAAAAACUUAUAAUUCGUAAAAACGUCUGGGGGCCAAAUAACUAGUGCACAAAUAUUACCAGGGAAACAAAUAUUACAUUAAUUUAUAUAAAAAUGGCAAAAAAUAUGGACAGACAUGUUGAUAUGCUACUGGUGACAUGUUAAUAUGCUACUGGUGACAUGUUAAUAUGCUACUGGUGACAUGUUAAUAUGCUACUGGUGACAUGUUGAUAUGCUACUGGUGACAUGUUAAUAUGCUACUGGUGACAUGUUAAUUUGCUACUGGUGACUUUGGGAAAGUCAAACAGUGUGUGAUUCUGAUUUGGUCAAAACACCAAUUUGGCACACUUUUUUUGGGCGGUAAUAAAUAUAAUGCAAGGAAAAUCGGCUUUCUAUACGAAAAAAUUAGUUAUUGCUAUUUUUUAGUGUGUUUUGGUUCACGAAAUAGUAAAGAGUGCUCGGUAUCACAUAUAGAUAGAGCAGAUAGUGUAGUUUUUACCUCAAAAGGUUGCCACUGCAGACUGUUGCAUCCGAUAGGAAUCAUCAGGUGAUAGUGGCAACCUUGAGGUAAAAUCUACAUGUUUACUUAUUGCAUGUUAUUUCUAUAUUUCUAGUUCAAAAAUAUGUUGUUUAUAAAUUAUUCCAUAUGACGUUUUGCAGUUUUUUUAUGCAGAUACUAUAGUGUAGAUAAAAACGAGAUCAUGGCAAACAAAACUCAUCUUAACCAUUUUUUAUACAAUUUCAAUACAAUUUCUAAUGUAGGCGUCAGUGUGGAAUUUGUAAAAACGGCAGAUAGUAUACAAGAAUCCAAUGCUGUCCUGCGAGUUGACGUUGAAAUUCUCGGUCAACGUAGUGUUCCUGUUGUUGUUAGGUAAGUAUAUCUUGUGUUGUUUUGAUUCCUUAAUUCUUAUUUUAUCCGUACAUUUUCAUUAUUGACCAGGAACUCGUGUGAUUCGGAGAAAUGUUACCCAGAAGUGCGAGCGUUAUGUUGCGAAACUCCCUUGGAUCUUGGAUAUAAAAGUAGUGAAAACCUAUCAAAUUUCACAUCCAUUUCAGCUUUCGUAGCGCCUUAUGUUGCACACUUCACUGCAUCUCUGUGUUUUACUUGAGCUGAUCUUAUGCUUUAACGUAUUUGUCAAUGCAAAAUAUUAAAUAUGCUUUAAUAUAUCUGUCAAUUAUAUUAUAUAUUUAUUAUAAAAAUAAACUAACACUGCGGUGAAAGAUCUUCAUCUUGAAAGGAUUGUGCCCAGUGUAGGUAUAGUGAACUUCCUGACGAGGGGCCUUCGCUCGAAACGUCGAAGUUCUCCUUAUAUUUUUCAAGUAUGUAGUUGUACCCAUAGAGAUUAUAAAUAACACUAGAGGAGGCACCGAGGUUAAAAUUUGGGAACGCAGCUAAUAGGGAGCAAAUUUAGGUCCCGGAUACAAAAUUAUGCUCUCAUUGGCUAAAUUCAAAGUCCUCACCAAUGGGAACACGAGUACACAUCCGAGACUUGAAUUCCCCCCCCCCCCCCCGAUGCCUACUCUAGUGUUAUUUAUGAUCUCUAUGGUUGUACCCCUAUCAAUCCGAAGCUUUCUUGUUAAUUGUUAUGUUUUAUUAUUGUUUGUGUAACUGAAAACAAGGUGUGACCCUACACCCUCGGAUUAAUGUGUGCAGGAAUUUAAAUUGACUUUUAAUCUAGUUAAUUUACAACUGAACUUUUUUUCACUUCCACAGAGUCGUGUCAAACAACUUACUUGCUACUGCUGGUGACGACUACAAUGCAGUUGAUGCAACAGUCACUUUCCAGCCAAGUGAAACACAAAAGUCGUUAUCUGUAAUCAUACGUGAAGACACAAGGGUCGAAGCUGACGAGACGUUUGUGUUAAUUCUUUCCACUGAUACUGAUGGAGUUACUCUAGGUGACAGGGCAAUGACAAUUACUAUCACAGAUGAUGAUGGUAAGUAUGAUCUAAAUCUACCAAGAUUAGAAACCUCUAUUCAACCAUUGCAAGUAGCGUGAUAGUACACAAUCCACGUACGCAGUUUUAAUUCCCGCCAUUUGGGGCUGCAAAUAUUUAAAACUAAAUAAGUCUAUUACUAAGUUUAUAAAACUAAAGAGUCAAUUUCGCAGGUUUACUUGGGUAGAGAUCACCCUAGACCUAGGACCUUUACUCAGCUACUUUCACAGUUUCAUCAAUUUUUGCAUGGGUCCCAGUCUUCUCAUGUGAAAAAGCGCUGAAAUUAAUUAAAAAUAGAAUUCCUAGGUCUAGGCUAGGAAGAAGUGCUGUUUAUCGCUUGUAUUUCAACAUGCUUAAUAUGAUAUCAGAAAGGAAAUCUUCUGGUGAAUCCAAACAAUGGGUUUCCUGCUGUGACGGCUGUCUCUUAGCGUGACCCUGGCGUGACGUAAAAUUUCCGCGUGUAGCCGUUUUCACAUUAGAAGACGGACAAGUCGUCUAGAUGAACAAAUCGUCUUAAAUCGUUGGACAAAUCAUCAGAUGUGAAAACGUGUCGGACAAAAUUUUAGACGAACAAGUCGUCUGAAUUUGUUCGACUACUUGUCCGUCAGGGGCGAUUUGUUCGUCUAGACGACUUGUCUUCAGAACUUUUGAGCAGGAAAAUUACUCAAAUCUCUCACUUUUUAGUGCAAAGUUGACGAAGUCAAGUUUGUACUAUUGUUAUGAUGGGGUACAAGCAUUACGUCAUUACGCGAGUCAACAAUAGAUGCAAAGAACUAUACUGUAAACAAUCCGGGGGUGCACUUGCAAAUUAUGUUCAGUGGAUUUGCAACGUUAAUCCUUAUUCUAUGACGUUAGCACUUAGCAUUCAAUUUUACAUUACACGUACGUUAGCAUUCAAUUUUACAUUCAUUACAUUUUACAUUAAAUUCAAUUUUACAUUUUUAUUCACAGCGACAGAUGUUCUUAUGACUUGCAUGGCCGCUCUUACCUUUAAUCAUUUUUUUAAGUACGAUCGCCCAAUUUUUAAGUACAGUCUGCCCGACUUUUAAGGACAAAAUUCCCAAACAAGGCAUGCCAUGAAUGGCAGAAUUUCAUAGAAGCGAUUUUUGGAUGCGAUUUUUAGAAACGAUUUUAGAACGUCAUUCAUAUAAUUGAAUUUUAAUUGACAAUUUUUUACCGUUUUUAUUUUACGUUUCUCACCCGCCGAUGCAUUUAAAAUGGUAUGGCUAUCUGUAGGUUUUGAACGCUAAAUAGGCGACAUAGAAAGAAUUGCCUGAUUGAUGUUUUCUUGUUGCAGUUGCUACGGUCCGCUUGGAGCAGAGCACUUACACGGUCAAUGAGAGUGUAUCAUCAUUCACAAUUGGUGUUAUACUGGGCGGGGAUCGUUCAAUUGCUAUCGACGCUAAGUAAGUUCUUAAAUAAAAUUGGUAAUUAAAUGAAAACUAAAUUACCUCGGGUAAUUACUGACAUGAUUAAAAUAUUCAGGUAGCCAGUUUGUGAACUGGGGCCGGUUGUACGAAGGCCAGAUAGCGCUAUCCACCGGAUAGUGAUUUUUCAAGCUUUGUAAAAUCAGUCGUUGAUUGGUAUAACUCGUAUUAAAGUUUAGUAUUUAUAAGUUAAAUGUUUUUUAUACUUCUUGUGUCGUCUAUAUCUGUAGUUUCACAGUUUUUUCAAGCAUUUUACAAAGGUUGAAAAAAUCACCGUCCGGUGGAUAGCGCUAUCCAGCCUUCGUACAACCGGUCCCUGAUGUUUAGUAAAUGUAUCUUUUAGUGUAGUCAGUCAAUUAACGUUCAUAUAUUUCUUUUUAGUGUGGCACUUACUCCAGACACUGCAGUCGUGGGAGAUUACCUCGUGGGUAAUGGUGAUGUAACAUUCAAUCCAGGAGAGACACAGAAGCAAAUUACUGUUUUUAUUAGUAAUGAUAAUAUAGUAGAACCUUUGGAACACUUCAGGGCAACACUCACUGCUGGCUCGAAAGCAAUUGUUGUUACACCUAGUCAAGCCCAAAUUUUCAUCCAAGAUGACGACGGUACGUUUUGUCAUGCGUAUUAGCUUAAUAGAACUUACCUUUUAUUGCACUCUUACCUUGUUGGCCUCGUUUUCAUGUCUGCCUGUUGUAAGCAUGGCAGGUGCAUGCGCAUGAAAACGAUACCAUUGCCAUUCAAAUAAAUAAAUAAACGGUAAGAAGGGGUAAAUCAACGGUAAGAUCUGAACAAGUAAGAGUCAAUUACCAAGCUGUUUUGUUCGGUCCACAUGUUUUUUUGGUAGCAUUAUUGAUCAUUGAUAUGUAGAGAACGUCAUGACGUAAUAUGUAGUACAAGCGAUGUUGAUUGCAAGUCACUGUUCUAGUUUGUCGGUGCAUUACUUAAUGUGUAUUUGUACUUUUGUAGUUGCUCAAAUUCGAUUUCAAAGUACUCCACAUUCUGUCAAUGAAGCGGAUAGAAUUGUUAAUUUGACUGUGGUUUUAUUAACCAGCCAGCCACUGGGACGAGCUGCCACUUUCAGGUAACGUUAAAGCUACGACCGUCAUUUUUCUUCGGUCAGUGUGUAACGUAUUAGCAGUAAGUCUUGCCAGUCUCCAUGUUGUAUUCCCUCCCCCAGCAGUAAACUAUCCAUCCCAAGGGGAGGUUUUUUGUCGCAAAUAUUUUGAAAAUAAAAAAAGGAAUAAAAUAUAGUUUAGAAGAUUUGCCAUAACUAAGCAAGUACCUUGGUUCUUGCUAUAUUCUGAAUUUAAGUCUAUCUAUGGUUGGGAUGUGUAAAAUAUUCUGCCCGAAGAUGCAACAAUAUCAAAAUAUUUUGUGGGGAGGAUCCUCCUCCCCCCCCCCCCCGUACUAAUUCGCACGACGCCCUGUCUUUAAGGUCGAGGCUUGCAAUCCAUUUCAGCGACAAGUUCAUCAGAUGUGAGAAGUGUUCAUGUUGUGAAGAUGCACGAUGUCUAUCGAAUAAGUGAGCAAUGUGAUUCCUUCUUUUUUAGUUUCUCUACCCAAGAUGGAACAGCAGUGUCUACAAACAAUGUAGAUUACGACAGAGUUGCUGGUUCCCUUGCAAUAUUCAAUGCAGGUGACACCGAUGGUGCAACAAAACAGAUUUCAGUCUCAAUUAUUGAUGAUUCAAGAACAGAAGCGACAGAAUCGUUUACAGUCACACUCUCGGCUGUUAAUGGCGGUGGUCUCGUGCCAACAACCUCAUCCACUGCAACUGUUAACAUUGUUGAUAAUGAUAGUAUGUACUUACUCUUUCUCUGUACAUGUACUGAUACACCUAGAAUCUUAUAAUGAAAAUACGAGCCCAGCAUAAUAUUUAAAAUGGAGCCAUACACACAUUGUCAUAUAUUUAUAUAUAAAAGUCAGGGUUAUUUAUCACUACACUCACUUGAACCCCGCACUGAAAAGUUUAAAUUCGGGGCUGGAAGAAGAAUAUUUGUCCGAGGAAAAUGUAAUUAUUCCUACCACUAAAAUUCAUAUUCCUACCUUAAAAAUUCCUAAAAUCUUUCUAGACGGGGGGGGAUUUAUUCAUAAAAAGUUUAGUUAAAUUCGGGGGUGGAAGAAGAAUUCUCCGAGGAAAAUGUAAUUAUUUCUACCACUAAAAUUCAUAUAGCCACCUUAAUAAUUACUAAAAUAAGUUCUUUGUAUGUUUGCAUGGCGAUAAAAUAUAAUAGUUUUUUUUAAUAAAAUAUAAUUUACGUGGUGUUUCCACAAACAAAACUAUUAUAAUUACUAAAAUAUUUCUAAACGGGGGGGGAUUUAUUCUUAUUCCUACUCUUAUUCCUACCCUACCAUCUUUCUUAUUCCCCCUACUUCAAAACCCAGUAUUCAAUAUUCAUCUUCCAGCCCCAAUUAAAUGAAGUGAAAGACAAGUUUAGUACUGUUUGAUAAUUUACUUAAUAUUUUAAUAACACUAGCAUUUAAUAUUAAAUCAUAUAUAUGGCCGUUGCCUAGAAGUACUAGCUUCUGUUCAUAGUCUACCGUUGCUUAAGGUGAUUCGUCAGUAAUUGUUCUGGAAAUGAGAAUUUGCUGAAACUUCCCAGGGGUGAAGUUUAUAAUAGAGGGGGGGGUGGGGCAAAGGUAUUUUCGUGACUCGUGAUUAGCAAUUAUUCGUGCUUCGUGAUUCGUGAUUUAAAGAAAUACCAUUCCGUGAAUCGUGAUUAAUAUGCGUGCCGUGAAUCGUGAAGAGCUAAAAGGCUAGCUAGGGUCUUGAAUUUACCAGUAUUUUACCCUAACUUGUGAAUGUUUACGUUUAAAACUCGGCCCAAAUUUAAUAUUAUGGGGAAAAAAUGAAUAAAUUUGCUUCCCGCGGUUGUCGUUCUUGAGGUUUCUUCGUUUCAUCGGUAAACAUCGUUAUCGUAUACCUUCGUACCUCUUUGUAAACUUCGUCAACCAUCGUACGACGCUCGUAAUAUUUCGUAAUGCCUCGCAAUGAUUUCCAUAGUCCUUUAAACGGCCCUAAUGUUAAAGUCAGUAUGUGUUAAAUGGUUUCAAACUUUGUUACGCUUCUGUGUUUCUAACUCGUGAAAAUGAAAUUUUGUUUUUCGUGACUCGUGAAAUCGAAAAAUUAUCUUCGUGAUUUCGUGACGAGACCCCCCCUUGCCCCCUCAUAAUAUGCUCAUAGUACAUAAAAACAGAAAAACGUUGGGGUCACCGAACUCAUUUCGAAGAUAUAACAAGUGCAUUAUGCCACCUUUUCCCCGCCCAUAUGGCGCCGUGUUGACCCUUUUACGAAUUACAAGAACAACGCAAUUGCUCAACCGUUACUGAAUUUUUGUAACAAGGAUCCUACUAAAAAUGUCUCUAGUGAUUAUAUACAAGAAAACAUUGUAUUUUCGCUAAUCAAAAACCGUUGACGCGCAUUGUUGUGGUGCAGAGAUGUCUUUUCCCAUCUUCUCAGACAUGUCAGACAUGAUUUUUCUCUUAUUUUCUGACAUGGCAUGUAAAACGUAUAGACGAACAAAAAUAUAAAAUAAAAAGUAGGGUCACGGACCUUCUUAAAGAGAUACAAAGGUUAAACAUGCAACAUGAUGUGGUUUAGUGUCAGUUGCACAGAGAGCCGUAGUCAGAGUUCUGUCAUUUUUGAAGGUAUAUUUCCUGAAACACGCCUAUUCAAUGCAGAAUUUCUUUCUCUUCGCCCUUACUCUUUCUUUAUCACUUCACAUUGCAGUACGACUACAUACAUUAGCUAGAAUUUGUUACUAGAUAUGCGCAGUAAAAGUGCGCAAUACAAAACUGAUGAAUCACCUUAAUAGUAUUUUUAUUUAUUUAGAUGCUAUCAUAAGAUUUUCACCUGACUCAUAUACCGUUCUGGAGAGUCAAGGGAGCGUUUCUCUAUCUGUCGUACGGAUUGGAGUAAUUGAAAGACCAGUAUCAGUAUUGUAAGUUUUCAUAAGCUUUAUGACAUCGCUUCUUUUUAAUUUCUGCUCACUAUAGGACUGUUCUGGUCACUGGAAUAUAAUUAAUAAUAAUUUGAAUUAAAGACAAUUGCAACAUAUUCAUUUUCAAUUGGAAAUACUAAAUUCCUAAUUAUACAGUAAUACAUCAAAUCAAAUCAAAUUCAUGACUUAAGCAUUAAAGUUCGCGUCACCACUAAUUCUAUAAGUUAUACAUUUUAGUGUUAUGUUUUAUUAUUUUUAGUGUGACCCUACAAGCUGGAACAGCAACACUCACUGAUUUUACGAAUGUUAGCGCAACGGUGACGUUCAAUGUUGUUGAUUCAUCAGUCAAGUCUGUUCCUAUUUCAAUUACGAAUGAUAUUAUAAUAGAAGAGACAGAAUCGUUUACCGCCAGUCUUACUGCUGUCACCGGUGCGGUUGUUCCUAAUGAUGGAGAUACAGCUACGAUCACCAUAAUAGAUGACGAUGGUGGGUAAAAUUUCUUGAGAACAAGUCGAACUCGAAUUCUUACUAGUUAAUGUUUUUAAUAUGUCUUUAAAUUUGCAGUCAUGCUUGCUUCGUCUUAGUUCGGCUUCGAGUUUUGUUACGUUUUUUGAAUCAAAUGAUAAAUUACAUGUAUUGCGAGAUGUAUGAAUUGAAAGUAAUUCUCCGGACAAGAUAGAAAAUGUUGUUGCUGAAGAUUGUUUCCCAGGUAUUUUUUACCAAAUGUUGGCAACCCAGCACCAAAAGUCUCACGGUGUUGCAAAAUAUUUUUUUGUUCCUGGAAAACAAAUCUUGUUUCCGCAGCAGUGUUUCCUAGAUUCAGCCUAGGUCUUAGAUAGUAACUGCCCCGUUUCUGUCGAACUUUAAUACCAACUGAAGUCGCCCUAAUCGAGUGCUUCUAUUUUUUCUAUUCGUUUGUAUAUCAGUUUGUGAGCAAGUUACUAUAUCUUGCUAUCAUGAGACAUGUUUUCGCUCGCUACUUUGGUUUAAAUAAAGGCAUGCACAAGUUGUUAAUCACAUGGUUAUUCACUGGAUAAUUUUCGUGCAUUCUAGUUCUAACAAUUGUCAUGGAAGCGGUUCCCUCAAUGGUAGAUGAAGAUGAUGGCGUUGUUACAGUUAUUGUAAGAGCAGUCGGAGGUCUACAGAGAACGAUCAGUCUGAAGUAAGUAUACAUAUGAUUAUUGAAUAUAUAAAAUCAUGACUGUGGGAUCCAGCGUUGGCCGCGGCAAUGAUUACAAAACAUUGUGGACGAUUUCUCCACUGCCACUGAAUCUUUUUACAGUUUAGAUUGAAUAGUUGUCGAAAAAUCUUCUACACACUUUUGAAUACCUUGGAUUAACAAUUUUUAAACUGAUUCUUUCAGCGUGUUCACAUUUGAUCUAACUGCAUCUAAUGGUGAUUACGUUUCCAAGACCGAAGUUAUUACAUUGGAUAGCGCAAAUACUGCAAGAAAUUUUGUUGUUACUAUACUUAACGAUAAUACCGUGGAGAAUACAGAAACAUUUGGUGUUAAUAUUACAACUGACGAAUCACAAGUUCGCAUCCAAGAUGAAACAGUAGUCAUUACUAUUCUGGACGAAGACAGUAAGUUUGAUGAACCGCAAUGCGACAUAGCACUGCACAUAGUUACAGUACAGUACAGUACAGUACAGUACAGUACAGUACAGUACAGUACAAGAACAUAAGGAACCUACGCUGUACUACUUUUUGUAUGUCUAUUGUCAGGGUUAAGUUUUUGGUUGAGAGACACAUAAACGUUAGAUGCAUGCUGGGUUGCAUUGGUUUGGGCAGGUGUACUUACCCAAUAUCAUAGUAUAGUACAUGUCAACACAGUACUGCACGCCUGCACGAGUUUAUCCAUGUAAUGCCAUGCAAUGUUGUGUUUAUAUACUACACUAUAUGUAGUGCUAUCUGCUCAUGCUUACUCAGUGUAUGUAAAGUAGUUUUUAAACAAUUCAAUUGUUGCCCUAAAGAAGCGCAUGUUGUAUUGAUUCGAUUCUCUCGUGUUCAUAGAGUUGACAUUGUCCAUUUCUCAAGCAUCAUACACUGCUCAGGAGAACGCAGGUGUCACUACAGUCGGUGUGACUAUUACAGGAACAACAGCUGUAAUUGUUAGUGGAAGGUACGUUAUACUCUGCUUCAUUAUAUUUACAUGUGUUUAUGUGAUCCCACCACUAUCCCCCCGAACGAGUGUUUCUCCGGACACUUUCCGUUAGCAUAUUGAAUUUUCAUCGUCUUUGUCACACUCGCAGCCUAUAUAGCCUGCAGUCAUUCACUUUAGUUCUCCGUAGUCUUCAACAUAGUAUGCGCGCUAUUCUUCAAAAUUAAUAAAUGUUUAUUGAGCAGAAUUUUAUAAAAAGAUUUUGAGAAUUGAAAAGUCCGGAGCAUUUUCUUGUUUUACUAUACGAGACUUUCCAAAAUCCCAUUGUCAAUUUGGCGACGGCUACGAGCAUAGAGUAUCCCCAAAACGAAUCUCGUAGUCGUAGUCAAAUCAGUUUUUUAUUCUCUCUCGGAGGAAAGCGGGAUGUCGGGAGAAUGCCCACAAGCGAGAAUAGAAUCCACGAGUUGAGAGGUGUAGUUUUGUGGAGAAAUUUUAUUAUCUAUAUUAUCUACGUUAAUUUUUAUUCAUAGCGUACUAAGUACAAGGGAUGGAUCAGCCGUCAAUCCCGACGACUACCUGCCUGCAACUCAAAAUCUUGUAAUUGUUCCGGGAGAGAACAGUAAAUCUAUGAUAAUAACUAUUGUAAACGACCAACUGACAGAAGGAAGUGAAAAUAUUAUCCUGGAAUUAACGACGACUAACAACGGUCAGAUAGACAUAGGAAGGAGCGCUGCUGUUGUGUUGAUACAAGAUGACGAUGGUAACGUUUGAUUUGCUCCUUCUAUUCCCUGCAUCUUUUAGUAGUAUAUGUGUUUAUUUGUAAUAGAAAUAAUGGAGGUCGUCUAUAUGUUUGAAAUAAUAGUAAUGGGGGUGCAUGGUGGGAACGAUAUUGGUAGAAUCGUGGUUGGUCUAUUGGCAGAAUUAAUAGUUGGUAGUAGUUGAAAUGAUCAUAGUUGUGCAGUGGUAGUUUUUGCAGCUUUGUGUAGUACUGAUGAUUGUGGUGGUGGAACAGCAAGUGCUGAUUGCUGAAGUUAUUGUGGUGGCAGCUAGUGAUGUUACAGUUUUUUUGUGGUGGCAGUGUAUGAUGAUGGUACUAUAGUUUAUAAUUGUAAUAGCAGUCUGUGGUAAUUGUGGAGGCAGUGGAACUUGUUGAUGAUCGUGGCAGUAGUAACAUUGGUGGUAGAAUUGCUAGUGGUGAUGGUGCUAGUGGAUGCACUGCAGUAGUAUAGAUUGUUAUUGUGGUAGAAAGUAAGUAUUGUAGUAAUGAAGUAUUCCAGAUAUCGACUAUUUUUUAUCUAGACAGGAAAGACGAAACACAUUAUUAUAUAAAGUUUGUUACUUUGGUAGUUUGUUAUUAUUAUUAUAGUUCAAAAGAGCAUCGUAAAAUUGCAGAAUUUGGUUGCGAAAUGUUGUAAAAUACGGAAAAUAUAGCCCUGUGAAAUUAGCAAAUUUUGAGUAUUUUAGUAUUACGCGCAAAAAAAUGCACUACUUUCGGCUCAAAAGUGGUGCAUUUUUCCCCGCGUAAUACUAAAACACUCAAAACUUGCAAAUUUUACAGGACUAUAUUUUCUGUAUUUUACAACAUCUUGCAACCAAAGUUGGCAAUUUACCAACUUAAGGAUGUUCUUUUAAGCUAUAAUGAUGGAUUUCGUCCGUCUUGUCUGGAUCAAAAUUUAGUCUACAGUGUAGCUGGACUCAUCCAUUGUUAUGGACGUGGUGUUAGUGGUUGUAGCGACACUGGUAUUUGUAGUACAUUAGUUGUAGUUGUGGUAGAAUUCGUGGUGGUGAUAGCGGUGGUAGAAGUGGUAGCGGUAGUGAUGUUCGGUAUAGUGGCAAUUGCUGGUGCUAGUGGAUACUGGAUAGUUGUAUAGUGGAAUUAUUGAUAAUGGCGCCAAUGAUUAUAGUAGUGGCACUGGUGGUACAGGAAGUGGGAGUUAAAAUGUAGGUGGUGCAUGGUAGUUAUAAUCUGUAUGGUACAGUAUGAUGAUGGUAAUUGUUGUACUUGCGGUGGUAGAAUUAGUAUAGUGACAGUUACGGCGGUUGUGGUGUGGCGGUUGUGGUAGUGUUUAUAGUUGUAACCGAUGUAGUAGUAAAGUUAUGGCACUGUGGUAUUACCAGUGUUAGAGCCGGUAGCCUUUAACGUGGCGUAGUAAUAGUAGUAGGUGUAAUGGUAGUGACAGUAGUAGUGGCCAUGUUGAAGAUUGUCGUAGUGGCAGUAGUUGAAGUAGUGUAUGAUAGUAACAACGAAGACUGUAGUACAAUUUUAUGGUCACGGAUAUAACUGGUAAUGGUAAUAGUGUUAAUAAAGGUACUAGCAGUUUGUUGGUUGUGGCUGUACUAAUGUUAGGGGUAGAAUUAGUAAUGAUGUUAGGGGUAGAAUUAGUAAAGUUUAUAAUUUAGUUGCAAUCGUGGUAAUAGCUUUUUUUUAUUUUUCUUAACAGUCGCAACUGUUCAAUUCUUAUCCAAUCAAUAUUUCGUUAAUGAAACUGACAACAGUGUACUUGUCGCCGUCAUUUUGACUGGAUCCGUUGCUCAAUCCACAUUGGUCAGGUAUGAUAUUUAACAUUGAGUGGAUGAAGUUGGGCAUAAUAUGAACAAUUAUCAGGGCCAAACACAGACGCCUUUCUGCGCAAAGCGCCAAUAUGGCCGUGUACUGAUUAAUUGCUCUGCACGGACAUUAUACGGCCGAUCAUUUUGCCACAUUAAUUUCAAUAAUUUCUCCCUCGACUUCCUUUUCAACUUCGUAAUAUUGUCAAUGUAAAUUGACCAAAUCAAUUGAUAUGUUGUAUAAUUCAAAUUACGCAAGUGGAAUAGUUUCAAUGCAAUGUACUGUUCAACUUUUCGUUUUUGAGUUCUACAAUGUGUCCGGUCAUGUCCGACCAAACGCACAUGGUGGUCUAGCAUAUUCUCAGACAAAGUUUUCAGAAUUAUAUUGAACUCUGGACUCGAACUCACGCAAUACUAUUUCUACAUUGUAUCGAUAGCAUCAUGUCAUAGCCUGCUAUAAUUAUCUAUAUCACAUGAAUAUCACAUCAUUCACGUCACAACUCCUAAGCUGGUAUGAAGACUUUGCAGUUGGCUAUUAGCCAAUCAAAAAUCAUGAAUCAUUUUAAACAAGUAACAUUUUUUUUAAUUAGUAAGCCACUGAAAAUAGUGGUCGUAAUUAAUCAAGGAAAUUUAAUAUUACGUUGAAAUUGUGCAGACGAAAGUUUCGAGCGAAAAUUAUAAACAUUUUAGACCUAAACCAGAGCAGUUACGAAAAAUGCAAGUAGCACCGGUGCAGCGUUCUGACCACAAAUCGGUGGCUACAAAAUGAGCUAACACACGUUCAUGUGUGUAUACUAGGGUGAUACGAAUAAGGGUAAAUAUUCUAGAUUUUGGGCAUCUCGCUUUAUAGAACAGAAUGUUGGAGGUUUUGCAGAUGGAAAUUCCGAUCGAAAACUAUAUAUAUAUUAUUUUAUAUAAAGCCAUACAUUUUUAUGUAUCGAGACACAUGCAUUAAAACCAGUGCAACAUUGUUGGAUGCACCAUGCUGGAUUGGUUUGAACACUAUGUUUGGUAAUGUUAUAUGAUGUUAGAGAUGUUGGAUCAGUUUUGUCUUUUAUCUUCGAAAUUUCAUCCAACACUCCCGUAGACCAACGACGUUGGACGAUGUUGGAAUACAUGCUUCGAGGGGGCCUUAACGACAUACAGAUAUUAGCGUAGCAGCAAGUUGUUCUCCGUAAGAGGUAAUCACCAAACUUCAAUUUUUUCUUGUUUUAGAGUGGAUACUGCACAAGAUAGUGCACUUGCUGCAUUAGAUUAUGUUCAAAUUGUUGAUAGUCGGUUGACGUUCACCUCUGGUGGGGCUGUUAUACAAUAUAUUAAUAUCACUAUACGAGACGAUUCUUUCAUAGAAGGGUCUGAAAAUUUUACAGCUACCUUAACUUUGUUGUCACCUUUGGCUACUCUUGGCCCUGUUUCAACGACGAGAAUAACGAUCCUUGAUAACGACGGUAUGUUAUUUGAGUCACAGCUUUUCUGCAGAAUUCUUCGCAAUAUUUAUUCAUUACUGGAUUUUUAAUUAAUUUGGAAUAUUAUCUAGUUGCUGGAAUCGGAUUUGCUCUGAGAGAAAUUACUGUGCCAGAAAAUGGAGGACCAGUACAAAUUGCUGUUGAUUCAACUGCAAAUCUUAACACUCCAGUAACUGUCAGGUAUGCGAAUAACAAUUAGUAGGGCUAAAUAAUUGUUAAUAUUAAGGCAAUCAGUAAGAAAUUAUUGCCGAAAAUUUCGAUCUCAAAUGUUGCCCUGCUGAUCUGGAAAAGGUGGAAUCCUGGAUCCUGAGGAGCAUUUUCAAUUUUUCACACAUACAGGGAAGGAUUUUGUUAAGGGAUCAUUAUGUCAUACUUCUUUAUCUGUCAUUUGAGACAUAUAACAUAAAUACACCCAAGUAUAUACUUUGUUGUUGCAUAAUAUAGGGUCAAAUGUUCCAUUGAUUUUAUGCACGUUUGAGGAAAUUCGAGAAAAGAAUAUUCAGGAUCCGAUGAACAUUAAACACUUUUUCCAGGUCUUUUUCCCUGUUUGAAAUGUUCUCUGUGUGUUGAAAUUUACUCUCUAUGCAACGUUUACGCAAUUCUGUUUCCUGAUUUGACCAUUAUUGGAAAAUCUGGUUCGGAAUUUGUGUGAUAAAUCCCAUCUUAAAUUAAGAUCAUGAAAAUAUUCUUCACAAAAUUAUCUGAAGAUGAAGAAUAUUAUCCAAUUGUCAACAAACUAACCAGCAUUGCCAUAAUAAAUAAUUUUCCCCGUUAUCUUCGAAAUGUUUUUUGCCCUAAGAUAAGCCUAUUUAUAGAAUGCUACGUAUUACCGCAUGCAACAAAAAAAUUGUAUCAAUCAUGCUAUAAUAUUCUAUUGUAGUAUCACAGUUACGGGAAUCACCGCUUCACCAAGUGAUUACACAGUUGCUAAUGAUAUCACAUUGACGUUUACGGCAACUGGUCCCAGUCGUCAGUUCUUCAGUUUCACACCAAUUAAUGAUACCCGAAUUGAAAGUGAUGAACUUGUAACGGCAACCUUGUCCACCACAAAUCCUCAAGCUGUAAUCCUUACAAGCCAAAUUCAAAUCACUAUUGAAGACGACGACAGUACGUUAUACUCUUUUCUUAUUUCUUUUAUUGGUGGUUUUUACCUUACCUCAUCGCCGCCAGGAUUCUCUUUGUUUCAAAUUCAUCUCUUGAAAAUCUUUCAAACUCUUGACAUUGAUUUCAAACUACUUAAUUAUAUAUUCAUAAGUGUCAGUGUGUCGAUUUUGUGACUUCCACUGCUUACUUGUGCAAGUUAUAUUCGAUUAUUAGUUUAAAUUUAAUUACGUACUUCUUUAUAUUCCGAGCAUUAGGGUGGAACUCGUGAAUUGGGCACAACUAAUAAUUGGACACAAAGGAGAAUUCUACAUUUUGUUACAAUGUGGUUAAAGUAGAAACAGGCUCAAUAUAUAUUCUGUAGAUAAAUCGCACAUUAUAAAAAGGGACAGACACGUCUGAGACGGAUCUACUUCUGAAAAGAAAUUAUUCAUUAUUGCUCUUUCUCAAACUCCUUAAGAAAAGCAAUAAAAGAAACCAGCACCAUAUCGUUGUCUUGAUAUCAUGGGAAUAAAAGUUCUCCUUGAAUUUCACUGUAAAUACACGAUUACUUAGUCUGUCUGAGACCUAAUAUAAUAAACACAUGAAAGCUGUUCAUUUUUAGCGUACAAAAAAUCUCAAAGUAUGUGACCUACUUUUCAACCCACUUUUCGGUAUUUUAUAUACACCUGUAAUUAACUCUUUCUGGUUUAUUAUAUAUUACUCACGUUCCUGAAUAACCUCAAUCCUAAUCAUGUAUGCAUAAUAAUAAGCAUUGUAUAUGUUUUUAAUUGCAGAAGCGGUAGUGCGUCUUGAUCGAAGUACUAUUUCCACUGAUGAAGGAGAUGGUUUGGUCAAUAUUGGCGUUUCAUUAACUGGAACUUUGGAUAUUUCCGUAACAGUCAAGUAAGUUAUAGCUGACUCAACUUGAGGGUUGUCCAGAAGACGAAUAUUACUGCUUGAACUUGCUAUAUUGGUGGUUUUUAGACAUUUUCAUGUGAUCGUUUAUUAUGAGGUGUUGGUGGUACCGAGCUAAUUAAUGUGACUACGACCAUGGUUUAAUGGUUUGACUCUUAAGGCUAGCUGGUUUACACUAUCAAAGUUUCGGUGAUGACAUUGGUAUAAAUUCUAACUUUUGAAGGAUUUGUAAGAAAUGUUUGAUGGAACUGAUUCAGUGUUAAACAAUCAGUCAUUUCCCUCAAAAUUUUCUUGCAAAUCAUUCAAAACUUAGAAUUUACCCAUCAAAAGAUUUCUAAUCACAGAAACUUAUAUAGUGUAAGCAAGACUUUACAGAGUGCAGUUGUCUGUAGCUUACUUUUCAUCUAUGAAAAACUGUUUCUUUAAUCUUCUUUUCCGUCAUACUCUAAAUUUCAUUUGUAUUCUUUUUCCACAUUAUUUUCUUCCUAACUUGUAGCCUGGCAGCUAAUGGAUUGACAGCCACAGAAAACAAUGAUUUUAUUUUCAACGACCAAGCAGUCGUGUUCCAACCUGGGAAUACUCAAGUCACACGUCAAGUUGUUAUCAAUAACGACAAUGCCGUAGAAGCUUUGGAAUUCUUCAAUGUAGUACUUACCUCAACAGAUGGGAACGUUGAAAUUGGAGAUCCAGACAGAACUAUUGUAACCAUAAAUGAUAAUGACGGUACAUCUAUUCAAUUUUUCAUAGUUGUGAUUCUUCUCUUCUCUAUCUGCCCUCUCUUAUAUAUCUUUUCUGGCAUGAUUUUUAGUAUGUGUAUUUUUGGAUUAUUAUAAAGGAAUGCAAUGUAUUUUCGUUUCGACAAACCUCAUUUUAUCUUUGUGCCGUAUAAGAUAAUAUUGGAUGAAUUACAUGUUUCCUUCCUCUUUCCAAAAAUUCAUCUAGUCAAAAAGUUGAUUAAAUAUUUUACAACAAUGAUAUAUUACAUUUCUUUCUACAAUAAACCAAAAUGUCAUCUUAAUAUUACUGGGAUCAUAAAUGUAUUGAAAAUUCGUUGAAAUUUAUUUGAUUUUUUUUUCAGACGCUUCAUUGUUUUUCCAAAGUGCUACUUACACCGGAUUAGAAGAUAACGAAGAGGUUACCUUAACCGUUGUCCUGGCAACCACCGUUCCACUUCAACGACAAAUUAUCGCAAGGUAAUAAAGUACUCGCAUAUUUUAGACAUUACUGGCAAAGUUUCAAACUUUAUCGGAUGCCAGUCAGUGUAUGGUGAAAGGGAAGGCAUUUAAGAAUUUGGCAUCACGGCCACACCAGAAUGUUGGAGGAUUUUUGGAAAUGUCAAGCGAAAACUAUAAAUUAUACAUAUUUUAGACCUUACCGGAAACAUUGCAACCACACGAGCGUCCAUUACAGACGGGAGUUUCUCACACAUAGACGGAUUUUCUGGUGGUGCAGGGGGGUGCUACCCCCAAUAUUAGCUAUAACCCCCCCAAACAAAAUGUCCACCCCUCCAAAAAAAUUUUCAACCCACCCCCCCAAUAUUCGGCAUAAUAAAUAAAUAAAUAGUCCACUCCAACGUGCAGAGUGUUGAUGAUACAAAAUAAACGUAGGAGUACACUCGAACAGAAAAAGACAGUGCAACACUCUGAAACUAAUCGCUCCUCGCUUGCAUUCACUGGUUUAUUGGAGCAAUUGUAGCGUUUUGAAACUCUAUUAUCUUCCCUGAAUAGAGUUUGCAGUGCCUUGUCAUGCGAAUAGCUUGCACGCUAGGAACAUUUGGAAUUUUUACGAACACUAUUUUUAGUUUUUAAUUCUUUUAGGAAAUAGACUUGCCUAGAUUUAAUCUUUACGCCCCAAAUAUUAUUUACAUCGGAGUUGCAUCAUAAAUUGUACUCGGAUUCAAACAACACAAUGUCAAUGACUUUAUAAAAGUACUGUAAAAGCAUAUUGUGUAUUGGCCUAUUGGGUUUACACUUUUACAGGUUCAUUUCACUUUAAGUCUUUAACUCUCUCAAGUCUCAACAAACAAUUGGACAUGUUAAAUCCAUUGAUAUGACAAAUUGACCACUUCAAAAAACUUUUUUCGAAUCUAGAAAUCAUGAUUUUUUUCAAAUUUUUGCUGGUAUACUUUGUUUUCCGCUCUCUAGACUCCCCCUCGCGGCUAUAGUGCUCCACCCCUAGAAUAUAGACCUUACUGGGGGUUUGGUGACACUUUGUCUUGCUUCAGUCACCUGCUCACGGCUCACCCCCUAAAAUUUCUGUCACCACCCCAGUAAUAAAUAUGAAAAUCCAUCUAUGUUCUCAUAAACGGCAGUUUUAAACAACAAUUUCCAACAUUGUGCAGAAUCAAUAGAAGCCAAAACUCUUGAACAAAACUCUUGAACAAAACUCUCAAAUUGUGGUUGAACCGGGGCGAUUAUUAAAGAGUGGGCGUUUAUUAGGUUAUUUGCGGUAAGGUAAGCCAGCUAAUGAAUAAUCAAAUAUUUGUUUUUAGAUUUACUUUAGCAAGCGGAACUGCAGUGUCACCUGAAGAUUUUCCAUCCACCACCACCGCGACUGUGACCUUCAACGCUGGAGUUGGUAACUUAGCAACUCGAGAUGUUGUCAUUGCAAUUGAAGAUGAUAAUAUUGUUGAACCAGCACAGACUUUCCAAGUGACCAUAGUUCCAGAAUCAGGAGCUAAUGUCAUUAAUCCAGGAACAGCUACAGUAACUAUCCUAGACAAUGAUGGUAAGUUGUAGUCGUUGUGUACGUCAUCAAUAGCAACGAGCUAGGCUGCAUGACAGACGGUCUACCCGCAAAACACCCGAAUGCCCGCCUGUCGGGUGUUCCAUCGUCAGACCGUCUAUCGUGCAGGCUAGUAACAAGCAAAUUAAUAGAUGUGUUUCAAUAAGCGUUACGGGAUAACCAGUGGUGGGAAAUGUAAAAUUGCUGAGAAUAUUUCAUGGUUCCAUAAAUUAAAUUAUAUCUCUUAAUUUUAUCUACUGCAUGCGUACAUACAACAUCGUUUUCUCACUGUACAGUGUAAUAUAGGGUGUCCACGGGCCUUGAAAACUCUGGAAAGUCCUUGAAUUUGAAAAAAAGGAAUUCAGUCCUGGAAUUUCUUUCCAGCUGUGCUGAUAAUACAUGAAUUAAAGUAUGAAUCUUGUACAAAUAGAAAUGUUUCCUUGAUUUUACCGAAAAACGUCCUGGAAAAAUCAGUGAAAUGAAUAUAACUGGAACGCUAUAUCCAACCGGAAAUUUGAAGCCAAACUUGAAGGCCAGUCCCAGUCUUUUCACACGUGCAAAGAGUGGUCAGUCAGUCAAUCAUGAUAUAGACACGCAUGUCUGGGGGUCAUGAUCAAGAUUUGGCUUCAAGAAAUCUAUUUAUCUGAAGGUAUCGUUCCAGUUCUAUUCAUUUCAAUGGGAAAAAUCCUUCAAUUUGAUUUUCAAUAAAAAGUGGAAACACUGAUAACAACUGUGGAUCACCAUCUGCUUCAUCUGCUGUACGAUUGUGUAGGGUGUGGCUUCUGCCGAAUAAAUUUAGGUAUUGAAAAUGUCGUGUGUUUUUUUUAGUUGUCUCAAUUCGCUUUCUUCAAGAUGUCUAUCGCUUUCCUGAAGAUGCAACUAAUACAAACGUUAAUGUGGUUGUCCUGUCCAGUAGUCCACUGCAGAAAUCAGUCACUAUCGGGUAAGAAUUUUAUUUCAUUUGACUGGUAGAGGAGGUGAGGGGUGCACCCCCCCCCCCUGAAAAACUUUGAGUGAUAGUUGAACAACUGUGUAAAAAACUGUAACAAUGAUUUCUCAACCAGGAAAACAUUGGUAGGCUAUAAAUGAAGAUCUGUAUUGCAUGAAAUUUAAGGCAAAACGUGAGAAGAGCUGUGAUUUCCAUCAACAAAAGGUGGUCAUAUGGAAGCAACCUAAAUUCGCCCCCAACAUUUCACCUAUCGUUACUGUCUAAUAAUUCUUCCAUACAGCUGAAUGCUGAAUUCCAAAGGAUACAUGUCAAAUGUGACAAAGGCGAAGGUUUAUUAGGGCGCCUCUACACACUAAUAUCACAUAUUGUCUGCAAUUAAGAUGUUCCAAUGGCGUAAUUUUGGGAUUUCAGUUGACGGGCAGAAUAACACAAAACGGCUAUUUUAAUGUAUUGAUCGAGUUUAGAGACAGUUUAAAACUCAAAAGAUGAACUACCGUUCAGUUUUUCUUGCUACAAUCAUUCUGAUAGAAGAGAAAUUGUCCACAAAUUGUUUGAUUGCCCAUCAUUUGGAUAAAAAGUCCAAGUUAUUAAAUGGCUGAACGAUAACAAGUUGUUGGAACCACUUGCAACACGUCUGACAAAUCAACCACCUUGUAACCAGUUGUCGUUUUUACGUCACAGGGUACGAAAGACUUACAGUAGCAGUUGUAACUCAUUAGUAAAGCCACGUGGAGAAGCCACGAUUGCAUCUUUAGAUCACCCCUGAUCAAGACACUAGACUGGAGUGUCGAAACGUUGUGUCUUGAUUACAAUUCGACUGGGCUUUGUAAUCAUAUAUUUAAACCAGAGUAACGGGCGAAACAUGACUUUAGAACUGUUUACUUCUGAAAAAGGUCUCUGUAGCUUUGUGCGCGAGUUUACUCAUUUGCAUCCGUCAGAAACACAACAUCGCCGACAAAAUUGCUAGUGUGAACCAGGCUUAAGGUAAUUCCGCAGUUUUGCAUUGCGCACUUUUACUGCGCACAUCUUAUAACUUAUAAUUUCAUUCAUUAUACGUACCGUUUCAAAAAAGAUCAUUUUAUGACAAUUUUAUGUUACUUCAAAACAUCUUUGUUUACAUUCGUGCAAAGAAUUACGUUAAAAUCAAUGUUUUCAAAAAGGGCAUGCAAAAGUGUAGCUAGGGUUCCUGUGUCUGUAGUAUAUUUAUUUACUUGUAUUUCACGUUUUAAUGCCACAAUUCUCUAAAAAGAUCGGUGACCCCCGUUUUUUAACUGAUAAUUUAUUUUGAAAAAAAAUCCUUUAUCAAUGCAUGUUCUCAAAGAAAGAUAUGUAAAGAAAUGUGGAAAAGACAUUUGUGUAUCAGAAUUGUACACGUUAGUAGUUUCAUUUUGCUCAAAACACAAUAUUUUUUCAAAAAUGAUUACAAGAUAGGUUUAAUUACUAAUGCAAAAUCCGCGCUAAAAACGUCAAUAAAUAUCGGGCUGUUGUGAUUUUGCUGUUACUCGUAAUGAGCGUCAAGAUGGCGCCAUAUUGGGGUAAAGGUGGUAUAUUGUGACUGUCAUAUCUUCUUAACGAGUUCGGUGACCCCAACUUUUUGUGUGAUUUUACUUUAAGUAUAUCAUAAACUCCAUGCCUGGGAAGUUUCAGCACAUUCUCAUUUCGGGAACAAUUACUGCGGAAUUACCUUAAAGGGCAUUGACGGAAAACACUUUUGUGCCAUAGCCAUCAUAGGUAUGCCUUGUGGCAAUUACUGUUCGAUUUCCUUGGUAUCGCUUGUUGCUAUCGAGACUAGUUGGCCCACAAACGGCACAUACCUCCAAACACCUGUACUCUUCUGUUAAUUGAGUAUUAGGUAAAUUCGCACAUUGAAUUAAUUAAAAAAUUAUGUAUUUGUAUUGCAGGCUCGCUUCAGAAAACAAUUCAGCCAUAGCUAACUUGGAUUAUACACCAUUGUUUGCGAAUAAUGUCAUAUCUAUCUCUCCUUCUGAUGGAGUACAAAAAUCCAUCCCUGUCAACAUUAUAAAUGAUGGGCUAUUUGAAAGCGAAGAAAACUUUAGACUUCGGUUAUCUAGUUCUGAUGCCUCAGUAACAGUAACUACGCCUAAUCUGGCGAAUGUUUUUAUUAUUGACGAAGAUGGUAAGAUAUAUGC